AUGGUGAACAUUACAGAAAAGAUCAAGGAGAUUGAGGAUGAGAUGCGCCGGACGCAGAAGAAUAAGGCGACAGAAUAUCAUCUGGGUCUAUUGAAAGGAAAACUUGCUCGUCUGCGAGCUCAACUCCUCGAGCCAGUAGGUGGUGCCGGCUCCGGUGGUGGUGCUGGUUUCGAUGUCAGCAAGAGCGGUGAUGCGCGUGUAGCACUUGUCGGAUUUCCAUCCGUCGGAAAGUCCACUUUCUUGUCCAAGAUCACCAAGACCAAGAGUGAGGCUGCAGCCUACUCUUUCACUACUCUGACAGCUAUUCCCGGUGUCCUGGAGUAUGGUGGUGCGGAAAUCCAGAUCCUGGAUUUGCCCGGUAUCAUUGAGGGUGCCUCGGAAGGAAAGGGUCGUGGUCGUCAGGUUAUUUCGGCUGCUAAGACCAGUGACUUGAUUUUGAUGGUCUUGGAUGCGACUAAGAAGGCAGAGCAAAGGGCUUUGUUGGAGGCGGAGUUGGAUGCCGUUGGCAUUCGUUUGAAUAAGGAGCCCCCGAAUAUUUAUCUCAAGGUCAAGAGUGCUGGUGGCAUGAAGAUCACUUUCUCGCAACCACCUAAGGGUCUGGAUGAGCGGAUGAUCUACAACGUUUUGCGGGACUACAAGAUUCUCAACUGUGAAGUGCUGGUGCGAGAUGAAAAUGCCACAAUUGACGACUUCAUCGAUGUCAUCAUGAAAGACCACCGCAAGUACAUUCGCUGCCUUUAUGUCUACAACAAGAUUGAUAGCGUCAGCCUCGAGUUCCUGGACCAGCUGGCUCGUGAGCCUUACACAGCCGUGAUGAGUUGUGAACUUGAUUUAGGAGUGCAGGAGGUUGUUGAGCGGAUCUGGAAGGAGUUGAGAUUGAUGCGUCUUUACACCAAGCGAAAGGGAACAGACCCUAAAUUCGAUGAGGCGCUUAUCGUGCGUCGGGACUCCACGAUUGAAGACGUGUGUGACCAGAUUCACCGUACCCUCAAGGAUACAUUUAAAUAUGCCUUGGUGUGGGGUGCCAGUGCCAGACAUGUGCCACAACGUGUGGGCUUGGGGCAUGCGAUAGCGGAUGAGGAUGUGGUUUCCAUUGUGGCCAAAUAG